AGGAGACUCUGAGGGGAAGUUUGGCCGCCGCCGCUGCCGCGGGCCCCGUGAGGAGGAGCCGCCGCCGGGAGCGCGGGCCCGGCACCGCCGCGCCGCCAUGGGCAACCGGGGCAUGGAGGAGCUCAUCCCGCUGGUCAACAAGCUGCAAGACGCCUUCAGCUCCAUCGGGCAGAGCUGCCACCUCGACCUGCCGCAGAUCGCCGUGGUGGGCGGGCAGAGCGCCGGCAAGAGCUCGGUGCUCGAGAACUUCGUGGGCCGGGAUUUCCUUCCCCGCGGCUCUGGGAUUGUCACUCGCCGGCCUCUCAUCCUGCAGCUCAUCUUCUCCAAGACGGAGUACGCCGAGUUCCUGCACUGCAAAUCCAAGAAGUUCACGGAUUUCGAUGAGGUCCGGCAGGAGAUCGAGGCGGAGACCGACCGGGUGACGGGCACCAACAAGGGCAUCUCCCCCGUGCCCAUCAACCUGCGCGUGUACUCCCCGCACGUGCUGAACCUGACCCUGAUCGACCUCCCGGGGAUCACCAAGGUGCCGGUGGGGGAUCAGCCGCAGGACAUCGAGUUCCAGAUCCGGGACAUGAUCCUGCAGUUCAUCAGCCGGGAGAGCAGCCUCAUCCUGGCCGUCACGCCGGCCAACAUGGACCUGGCCAACUCGGACGCGCUCAAGAUGGCCAAGGAAGUGGAUCCGCAGGGCCUGCGGACCAUCGGCGUCAUCACCAAGCUGGACCUGAUGGACGAAGGCACCGACGCCCGGGACGUGCUGGAGAACAAACUGCUGCCCCUGCGGAGAGGGUACAUCGGCGUGGUCAACCGGAGCCAGAAGGACAUCGACGGCAAGAAGGACAUCCGCGCCGCGCUGGCGGCCGAGCGCAAGUUCUUCCUGUCCCACCCGGCCUACCGGCACAUGGCCGAGCGCAUGGGCACCCCGCACCUGCAGAGGGUCCUCAACCAGCAACUCACCAACCACAUCCGGGAGACGCUGCCCUCGCUGCGGAGCAAGCUGCAGAGCCAGCUGCUGUCCCUGGAGAAGGAGGUGGAGGAGUACAAGAACUUCCGCCCCGACGAUCCCGCCAGGAAAACCAAAGCCUUGCUGCAGAUGGUGCAGCAGUUCGGGGUGGACUUCGAGAAGCGGAUUGAGGGUUCGGGAGAUCAGGUGGACACUCUGGAGCUCUCCGGGGGCGCCAGGAUCAACCGGAUUUUCCACGAGAGAUUCCCCUUUGAGCUCGUGAAGAUGGAAUUCGACGAGAAGGAUUUGAGGCGGGAGAUCAGCUACGCCAUCAAGAACAUCCACGGGGUGAGGACGGGGCUGUUCACGCCGGACCUGGCGUUCGAGGCCAUCGUGAAGAAGCAGGUGGUGAAGCUGAAGGAGCCGUGCCUGAAAUGCGUGGAUUUGGUGAUCCAGGAGCUCAUCAACACCGUGCGCCAGUGCACCAGUAAGCUGGGUUCCUACCCCAGGUUGCGGGAGGAGACCGAGCGGAUCGUCACCACCCACAUCCGGGAGCGGGAGGGCAAAACCAAGGACCAGAUCCUGCUGCUCAUCGACAUCGAGCUCUCCUACAUCAACACCAACCACGAGGAUUUCAUCGGGUUCGCCAACGCGCAGCAGCGGAACACGCAGACCAACAAGAAGAGAGCGAUCCCCAACCAGGGGGAGAUCCUGGUGAUCCGCAGGGGCUGGCUCACCAUCAACAACAUCAGCAUCAUGAAGGGCGGCUCCAAGGAGUACUGGUUCGUGCUCACGGCCGAGUCGCUCUCCUGGUACAAGGACGAGGAGGAGAAGGAGAAGAAGUACAUGUUGCCUUUGGAUAAUCUGAAAAUCAGGGAUGUGGAGAAGGGAUUUAUGUCCACCAAACACAUCUUCGCCAUCUUCAACACGGAGCAGAGGAACGUGUACAAGGAUCUCCGGCAGAUCGAGCUGGCCUGCGAUUCCCAGGAGGACGUGGACAGCUGGAAAGCCUCCUUCCUCCGGGCGGGAGUUUAUCCCGAGAAGGACCAGACGGAGAGCGAGGACGGGGCCCAGGAAAACACCUUCUCCAUGGACCCGCAGCUGGAGAGGCAGGUGGAGACCAUCCGGAACCUCGUGGAUUCCUACGUGGGGAUCAUCAACAAAUCCAUCCGGGACCUCAUGCCAAAGACCAUCAUGCACCUCAUGAUCAACAAUACCAAGGAUUUCAUCCACUCGGAGCUGCUGGCCUUCCUGUACUCCUCGUCCGACCAGGGCAGCCUGAUGGAGGAGUCGGCGGAGCAGGCGCAGCGCCGCGACGAGAUGCUGCGCAUGUACCACGCGCUCAAGGAGGCGCUGGCCAUCAUCGGCGACAUCAGCACCAGCACCGUGUCCACGCCCGUGCCCCCGCCCGUGGACGACACCUGGCUGCAGCCCGGGGCCGGCCACAGCCCCCCGCCUCAGCGCCGGCCGCCCUCGGCGCUGCUCCCCCCGGGCCGCCCCCCGUCCCUGCGGGCCCCGGCCCCGGGGCCGCCGCUGCUGCCGCUGCCCGGGGGGGCCCCGCCCGGGGGGGCCCCGCCCGCCUUCGCCGCGCCCCCGAUCCCCUCCCGCCUCGGCCCCUUCGCCGCCGCCAGCGACCCCUUCACGGCCCCGCCCCAGAUCCCCGCCCGGCCCGCGCGGAUCCCGCCCGGGAUCCCGCCCGGAGUGCCCAGGAGGCCCCCGGCGGCCCCGAGCCGCCCGACCAUCAUCCGCCCGGCCGAGCCCUCCCUGCUGGAUUAACCACGGGAUCCACGGGAUCCACGGGAUCCACCCCGGGCCACCGCCCUCGGAACGGGGAGAAACCGGGGGGAGAACGGGGGAAAAAACGGGGAAAAAACGGGGAAAAAGCGACCCAGAGACCCAGAGGCAGCCCGGGGUGAUCCCAGAUCCCAUCCCGGGCUGAUCCCGGGGGUGAUCCUGAACUGAUCCCAGGCUGAUCCCUGAUCCCAUCACGGGGUGAUCCUGAACUGAUCCUGGGGCUGAUCCCAGGGCUGAUCCCGGAUCUUGGAGCUGAUCCCGGGGCUGAUCUUGAAUCCCUUCCCGGGGCUCAUCCCGGUUCCUGGGGCUGUUCCCAGAUCCCGUCCCGGGGCUGAUCCCAGGUCUUGGAGCUGAUCCCGGAUCCCGUCCCGGCGGGGGCAGCUCCCGGGCAGGUCCCAGCAGCUGAUCCUGGCAGCUCCGGGGCCCCCCCGGUGCCCCCCCCCCGCCGGGGCAGGGCCGGAUUUUGGGGGGGGGGGGGGAACUUUGCACUUUGUCAGAAUUGCCGAGGGGGGAGGGGAGGGCCCCGCCUCUGCCUUCCUCCCCUCCCCCUCCUCCUCCUCCUCCUCCUCCUCCUCCUCUCUGGAUUCUGCCCCAAAACCGCCCCCGGCUCCUCCCCCACCCCCUCCCAGCCUUGGGUUUGGGUUUUUUUUUUUUUUUUGUUUUUUUGGGGUUUUUUUUUCGGUUCUUUGGGGGGUUUUUUUUGGGGUUUUUUUUUGGGUUGUUUUGUUUUUGUUUUGUUUUGGUUUUUUUGAGUUUUUUUUUUUUUAGGGUUUUUUUUUUUUUUUUUUUUGAGGUUUUUUUUUAAAGAACUUGGGGGUUUUUAGGGCUGGGGAAAACACUGGAAUUCCCAGAGGGAUUCACCAAUGACCCCAAUUCCGUGAGAACCUCAGGAAUUUCAUCUCGGGAAUUGCCCCGGGAGAGGAGGAGGAGGAGGAGGAUGAGGGGCAGGGGGAGGAAGCUGCGGCCCCCCCCGGGGUGGGGGAGGGGGCUUUGCUCUGGAAGCUUCUCCCCCUCCCCUCCCCACCCCCACCGCGUUCCCGCCAGGAGCCGAGGUUGUAAAUAUUUUUACAGACUUGUAUUAAUUGUAUAAAAAAAAAAAUUAAAAAAAAAAAAAAAAAAAAAGGGGAAAAAGAAAAGAAAAAAAAAAUUAAAAAAAAAAAAAGGAAAAAAAAAGAAAAAGAAAAAAAAAAGCCACAAACCGCGGCCCAGCAAUAAUGUGGAUUUUUCCAACCCCCCCCGGCCCCGGUGCCUUAACGACCCCCCGGCUCGGGGGGGCCAAUUAAUCCAUUAACGAGCCGGGGGCGGUUUUGGGGGGGCGGCUCCGGCCCCCCCCGGGGGUCCCCCCGAAGUGCCUCCGCUCCGCGUCCCAUUAAUGAACUAAAAACCGGCAAAAAAAAUCCGAAUAAAGGGAAAAAAAAAAUCCAAAAACCGGCUGAGGUCUGUGCAGUUCCUGGGGGUGGGGCACCAGCCCUGUCCCGCUCCCGUUCCCGGCGGGAAUUCCGUGCGGAACGGGGAAAAAUCGGUGAAAAAUCCCCAAGUUUAAUGUUGGGGGGCCAGGGGCAGAUUCCAGGGCCCAGGGGCAGAUUUUGGUGGCCCACGGGCAGAUUU